AUGUUGAACGAUAACCUCAAUACAUACAGUAUUGCUGAUUCCAUCAGACAAGUAAGAUAUUAUUUCGAUCAAGUUGAUGGGGCAGUUCCUAUUGGAGAUACUAACCAUAGAUAUGUCCCAACAAAAGUGCCAGCUAUGCCGACAAAUACUAUUGAUAACGGUUAUAUUACAUUUAACAUAUCACCACCUGGUGAGAACAUGAUUGACUUAUAUAAUACGUUCAUUAGUGGUUAUGUCGAUGGUGAGUGCAUAAUUACAACAGAAACUGAACCAGCUGAUGAAAAAGUUCCUAAAUAUGAUGGUGAAGUAUAUAAAGAAAGAGCUGUUGAGACAGCUCCUACAGGAUCAAAUGUUACAGCAAUUAAAGCAAUUGAUACUAAAUAUGCUGGUGGCAAAUCAUGUGCACAUCUUCCAGCAAUUUGGUUGGGAUACAUUGAUUCAUUCUAUGCUGUUGAAUCAUAUCAAUUAAUCGCUAAUGGUAAAAGUGUUUAUACACAAGAUAAUGCUAGAGAAGAAGGUUACAUUACUUCUACUGCAUCUACAACAGAAGCUAUUAAGAAAGUUGAUGUAUUUAGUAAGGCUAGACAUAAAGAUGUUUUCAAUAGAUGUGAUACAGUUCGUUCUGGACAGAUUAUUGAGUUCAAUAAACCAAUUAGUGGUGCAACUACAUUAAAGUUCCACAUACCAAUCAAGAUUGACCUAAGAAGAUUCCUAAUACUUAAUAACAUUAGAUUCCUUCCAGCGUUUGCUGGUAACUUACAACUUAAGGUUAAGUUCA